CGCGUUCGUCGGACUGCUUCUCUCGACUUGUCCGCUCCCACAGCCAGGACGAAGAUGCUGGUCGUGUAUGAGAGCAGCAUCACGUCGAAGCAUAGCAUCAGAUCCAAUCAAGAGUCGGUAAGACGCAUCCUCGCCCAUCUUAAUCCAGUCUAUCUCGACAUUGCCAAUGAUGAAAGUGCAAAGGCGACAUACAAACGCUUGAGCGCAGGCAGGACGGAGUUGCCGCUUGUCGCCGUCAACGGACGCUAUGUCGGCUCUGUCGAGCAAAUACAAGAGGCGAAUGAGCACGGCGAACUUGAUCAGCUCCUCAGGCUCGACGAGCAAGAAGGAGAUGAGCUGAACAAUCUGACAGAGGCCGAAGCGGUCGAGCUAGCCUCGGAGAUCAAUGCUAUCGACAAUGCUAAGCAGGCUAGCGCUCAGCUAUCGAGCAUACCCCCCGCUACGGCAGAGCCUGUCAUCGUCACAGAUCAGGAAGGCGGUCAUCAUGUCAAUCCGACAGGUCAGACGUAUCAAUAUGUAGACUCGCACGGCCAUGAUCAAGUUGACGCCACGCACAAGCCACUGAUAGACUCGACUCAGCCUUUUGUUGGCUCACGCAAUGAGACCGAAGAAGAUUUCACAAUAUCGAAUCCAUAAGAUUAUGCUGUAUGUACCAUCCUUGCACGCUGCAACAGCACCGUGUCGUCUCGCAGCGAUCAAGUCAUCGAGUAGGCUGAAGACGCGAGUCGCGAUCGGAACUGACUUGGCCGCAUCCGGUCUUCGCUGCGGAAGAAAGACGCAUCGAUGGUCUCAUCCAUGUGUGGCUCGACUGUGCGUGCGCGUUUAUUUCGCUGAUCGACUGAAGCUGCGCCUGACCAGAGGAAUGUCGUUGGUAUUCGAGCCAUGCUUUGCCGCAGGGCAUACGUCGCACGCAGUCGCUUCAUGCCGCGAUUCG